AUGUCUGAUUUACAUGAUUUAUGUAAGUUUCCAAAUAGACCUAUAAAUAAUGAAUACUUAGAUCAAUUGAAAUAUUAUCUAGAAAGUGGUAUACCAUCAACUUAUACUAUAGAAGAAGCUUAUAAUUAUACAAAUAAUAUAGAAACAGAACCAACGUCAACUACCACUCCAUUACAUUUAAUAUGUACUCAUUUACCAAAAGAAGUAAGUAAUGAAAAACAAGAGAUAGUAAAUUCAAUGGUCUCUACUUUAUUUGAAUAUGGAGCUGGUUGGUCAUUAAUUGAUAUAAAUAAUGAUACUCCUGGUUGUAUUUUGAUAAAACGUGAUUUAAAACUGAAUCCAAUUUAUGAUUUAAUUGUUGAUGCUGGUGUAAGGGCAGAACUUUUAUUAAGGAAAGUAAGUGAAUAUGAUAUGGAGAUUAUUGAAGAUGACGAGGAGAAUGAAUUAUAUAAACAGUUUGAACAAGAAGAAGAACAAGAAGUUGUACCUGAGUUGGUAAAAGAAGAACAAGCUGAGGUAGAUGAUGCACCUGAUGCUCCUUCACAAAAUCAAGAGUCAUAUUUAAAUUCUAAACUAGAAUACGUUGACAAUGCAUUGAUAACAAAAGAUAGAAAAGAUGGAGUCAUGAUGUCAUGGGAAUCUAAUAUAAUGAAGUUAGGUUGUGAUACCCUAAAGAAAGGGUCUUUUAUAGAGCCAAAUGAAUUAGAUUCAGAGGUUAACAUAUUAAAUAUUGGGUUUGGUAUGGGUAUAAUUGAUACAAUGAUACAAAAUGAAAUACCAUUAACUAAACAUUAUAUAUGUGAAGCGCAUCCAGAUGUUUUAAAAAAAUUAAAAGAAGAUGGAUGGUACGAUAGGUCCAAUGUUGUUAUACUUGAAGGUAGAUGGCAAGAUAAAUUAAAUGAAAUAUUAUCGAAUGGAAAUUUAUUCUUUAAUGGUAUUUAUUAUGAUACUUUUAGUGAACAUUAUUCAGACAUGUUAGACUUAUUUGACAUAGUAGUUGGAUUAUUGAAACCACAUGGUAUAUUUAGUUUCUUUAAUGGGUUAGGUGCUGAUAGACAAGUGAUAUAUGAUGUUUAUAAAAAAUUGGUUGAUUUAGAUUUAUCUAAUUAUGGAUUAGAUUGUAAAUUUACAGAGGUAGAAGUACCAAAAUCUACAUUAAUUCAAAAUGAUAAAAGUGUAUGGGAUGAUGUUAAACGAUCAUAUUGGUCAUGUCCAAUAUAUUAUCAUCCUGAAAUUAAAUAUAUUGACUAA